AAAAAAUUCUUGAAAUUUAAUUGAAAUUCAAGAAUUUGUCAAUGGGUGCUUUCAAGAAUUUAGUCCGUUAGCUGAGCAAGGAUUCGCAACAAUUUAUGUGAUCGCAUACCACUUGGUUGUCCCGUAUAUAGUCAUCGUGUGCCACAAUUAUUUGAUGUAGGCCCAAAAAGUAUAGAAGUACUAGCAUUCACUUUUAACAGAACAGAAUAGAAUUAUUGAUGUUACCUGUCAGUGGAAGACCGCAGGGAGUCCCGCUAGGAUGUGGCGGUGGUGCUUGUUGCUAACGGCGUUGGUGAACGUCUGGGGCACCGUGGGCCAAGGUUUGGUGUUCCCCGGGUCAUCGGACUCCCCCUCCCUGUCGUGCACCAUAACAAGGACGGGGCAGAAGGGGGAGUGUAAGCUGUCCACUCACUGCCCCUCCCACCAGCGAGCGGCAGGCGAGGGGGCCGUCAGUCACGUGUGCGGCGUCAGCAGCGAACUGCCCUUGGUUUGCUGCCCCAUGUCGAAUGAUCGCCUCAUGGAGGGAAAGAGAGGGAGAAUAACUGUUCCUGCUCCGUCCAAUGAACCUAACUGCGGAGUUCUUAGUCCGUUGAUGCAAGGCAGAAUUUCUUUCGACUUCGUCCGAAGAGAGGUAGCACAGGAGGACAACUCGCCCUGGAAAAGCGAGAUUUCACUGGAAGCACUUUCCUCCCAUGGAGACAGUAAAUCUUCGUUCACUGUCACUGAACCUUCGUUCUUUGUCUUAAGAAUUGUGGAGGGAUUCAACGCUCAUGUGAGCAGACAUCCGUGGAUGGCGCUGCUGGGGAGGCGUCAGCAGGGAAGUGCAGCCCUCACUUGGCACUGCGGUGGCUCCCUCAUCAACGACCGCUGGGUGUUGACAGCGGCGCAUUGCCUCAACAUCGGCCGACCUGACGUGGUGCGUCUCGGUGAGCACAACUACAACCACACCCAAGAACGCUUCAACCACACCGACUACACGGUUGCCGACGUGGUGGUUCACCCCGGCUACCAAGAAGAUGGUAUCUUCUCCUCCUACCACGACCUCGCGCUCAUCAAAUUGACGGAGGUCAUCGAAUUCAAGGAGGGUGUAAUACCUAUUUGUCUGCCGUGGGGGGAAAAAGCUCUUCGUAACCUCCAUCACCAAAACGCCACCAUCACAGGCUGGGGCGCCACAGUCGUCGGAGGCGAUGGCAGUCCCAUCCUGCAGGAAGCAUCGGUGACGGUGUUCCCAUCAGAGGUCUGCAACGCGUCCUACUCGAAGCUUCCUUUCUACUCCGCCAGGUGGCCGCGCGGCAUCGCGGAGGACACUUUCCUUUGUGCUGGCCAGCCUCAUGGGGGCGCGGACACUUGCCAGGGUGACUCCGGUGGUCCUCUGGUAUACAAUCGUUUUAAUCAACAGUUCAGAGACUUCAUGCAGGUGGGCGUUGUGUCAACGGGCUACGGUUGUGGACUUGAAGACUUCCCAGGCUUGUACGUGCCUCUCUCCAACCCAGACUACCUUCAGUGGAUUAAGGAGGUGGCCUUCGGCGAAAAUUGAGCACAAAGGAUGAAGCCUUAUAUCAGAAUAUGGAAAUAUUUUUAAGAUGUUCUUCAGUUCGUACCACUGGGCAAUGCAUUAAAUAUUUAUGUACA